AUGUGUAGGCGAAUCACGUGUAGACAGACCGUUGAUCGUCAUGUCUCUGCCGUAGCAGAGCUCCGUGCUACAUGUUAUUAUUUGCCUCCAGUUGUCGCAGCACUUUGUUUUGACAGCUGCUUGUUUUCUUUUCUCACACACCUUUUUGUUUUUACCGAAGAAUGAGCGAAAACGAUGACAUCGAAGUCGACAGCGAUGCAGACAAGCGAGCACAUCAUAACGCGCUGGAGCGCAAACGCAGGGACCACAUUAAAGACAGCUUUCACAGUUUACGAGAUUCUGUGCCUGCAUUACAAGGAGAGAAGGCUUCCCGAGCACAGAUUCUAGACAAAGCCACCGAGUACAUUCAGUACAUGAGGCGGAAAAACCAUACCCACCAGCAAGACAUCGAUGACUUAAAGAAGCAGAAUGCACUGCUGGAGCAGCAGGUUCGAGCACUGGAGAAGGCCAAGGGGAACACUCAGCUCCAGACAAACUACUCUUCUGACAGCAGCUUGUACACAAACCGCAAAGGGAGCGCGGUGUCCGCCUUCGACGGCGGGUCCGACUCCAGCUCCGAAUCAGAGCCGGACGAACCACCCAACAGAAAGAAGCUGCGCGCGGAGCCCAGCUAGGCUCAUGUCGCGCCACCCCCAACCCCAAGCAUCUCUCCCUGGCCCCCUCGGCUCUCCGAACAGACUCUCUGUGCCCACCAGCUCUGACUCCUCUUAACACGCUCAGUCCUGCCUUCUUUACACCAGUCCAGGAGGCGAGGCAGAGACUGCGUGAGAGAGGUGCUAUUGUGUAUUAAACGCUUCUACCUUCCAUUUUCCACCUGGCAAGCAUCCUGUCACUCCUCUUCUGGCCCAGCAUCAACUUUUAAAGAACCUUCCCCUUCCCCAAAGUGAGGCAGCUCUGUAGUUUUGAAGGACUGAUGCUUUUCAAACCUCAUGAUAACCAUUCAUAAUCAAAUGUGGAGAUGGCAAGGUAUGAGGCUUUAGUAAAGCGACAAAAAAAAAAAAAACUGUUUUCUUUUGGUUGUUUUAAACAACCUUUGCAGUCUGGUGGAGGAGUUGUCAAACUCUACAACCUUUGACGAAAUGGUAAUUAGGGGUAGUUUACCUUUUUAAUAUUCAUACUUUUCCAGAAAAAGAAUGUGAAGUUGCUUUUGAAAAAAAAAAGUAUGUUAUGCAAGACGCAACCCUCCUUCUUCAGUGUAGGUGACUGAAGUUUUUUGUCUUUGAAAAUGUUUGUGUAAUCAAAUCCCUCUAUUUAUAGUAAUGCACCAAAAUUGAUUUCUUACCCUUAUAUAUAUAUAUAUUCUUAUGUCUGAUCUCCCUUAUGUUUGGCUUGAAAUUUUCCAGAGAACACAGGAGGAUGAACAAGUUGGCCUGUUGUUUUAGUGGAUUUUUCACAGGUUCAACUAUUUAUUUCCCUCUAUUUUUUAUUAUUAUUAAAUAAAAUGUGGGUAUAUUAAAAAAAAAAAAAAAUCCCCCCAAUGGAUACUGAAUGUUACACAAUGCAGUUAAAGGGCAGUGAUCUUUAUUUUUGUUAAUGGAAGUUCAUGUCAGUGUGUAGUAUAUAACACUGUAUACUCUUAAAUGGUGUCAGUUCUGCAAAAGAAAAGCCUUCCCUUGAAAUAUUUGCCUGUGCUGGGAACGUUUCUAUUUCUUUUUUUUCCCUUCUUUUUUGCAGAGGUAAAUUAGUGUGUAUGUAAUCGAUAUUUGUUUGUUCCAUUCCAUGGAAAUUACAGGUAUGUUGUACAUACUGCCAACGGUUGUCUUGCAAGUUAAGGCAUACCUUUAUUAUGAGACUAUAAAUAAAACUAUUUUAUCCUUU